AUGGCGGACGUUUCAAGUAAUGUCGAAAGCUGGACCUCUCUUCCUAGUGUUUCUUUGCGAGAAUUUAUAGACAAGAAAAUAACUAUUUGUGUCUGUGACAACAGUAGGAAAGUUGGAUGGGUACUUGCCAUCGACCCAGUGACAUACACCGUGGUUCUACAAGAAGAAACAGAGAACUUAAAUUCCAAGAAGCUAACUUUUGUUAUGGGACAUGCGAUCAAGCGUGUUGUUCUAGAGGAAAAUGGAGGUGCUCGUCCGCCAAAGAUUAAUUUUCUUGAAUUGGAGAGCACGAAAGAGUAUUCACAGGAUGAAAUUGUAAAACGAAAAGGUGAUCUGAUUGAGUGGCUGACAAAGAAUCGAAUCCCAGUAACUGAGAGUUCGGAAGACAGUGGCGUAUUGUCGGUAAUGGGAGUUCUUUUUGUGGAACCUCCGUAUGAUCCUGAAAGCUGUAGAUGUAGCAAUGAAAUCGUGUUAGAUCGCAUUCAGAAGCUUAUACGAGCACAGAAA